UAGCAAGGUCACAUGAUCCAAGGAGGCCCAUGAUCCGAGAGAUCCUUUGCAACUUGCCUAACAUAUAUAUAUUAACCUAAGAGACAUUCCUCCUUCAAGAAACACCUCUUUGCAUGUGCCCCUCGCACGGGAUUCCUUUUGCUUAUUAUUAUUUUUUUUCUAUUUUCGGUUUUUUUUUAUAUGGCAAUGAAGAUUUUUUUUUUUUUUUUGGGAAAUAAAGUAGCAUUUUGUGAUAUAAAGGAUUCAGAAGAUCAGCAAAGGAUUCUAACGUUCAUAAAGCUCUCUCAUAUUGUGUACAAGUACAAAAUCUGAAAUCCCAGUCUACGAGGGAAGGGUUUUGUUAAAUGUCAUUAAUCCAAGCUAAGUUUUUAUUUAAUCUAUGUUGUCUGCUCUUCAAAGAAAUCUGAGUUAGCCUCUCGAGGCCAUUGUUUCCUCUGCUGCCUUCAUUCCUAUCAAUCCCAUGGUGCCACGUAGCACCAUCCCAUGACAAACACCGACACAAUGUAUUAGCCUACGGGGCUGUUACCCAUCAUCCGUCACCCUUAACGGCACCGGAAACCAAGAGUUGCCCUGUGCACACUCGUGCAUGGAUGCAUACACAUUUCCAAGAUCCUAGCUAGCUACUACACUCAAACAAAACAACACCAUUCAUGACCUUAAUUAGGGCUUAACUUGACUCGCACAUUCUUGAAUACUCCCUAUAUGCGAGUGAAGAGGGCGUAAGAGAGCUCACCAGGGUAUUUUAACUUCUAUGAAGCAGCUUUGAAGCAAUUUGGGACAUGGACCGAGGAUGGAAGCCUAAUGUUGAGAUAUCACUAAGCUGUCCUCGGUGUGGUUCUUCAAACACUAAAUUUUGUUACUACAACAACUACAGCUUAACGCAACCUCGAUACUUCUGCAAAGCUUGUAGAAGGUAUUGGACUAAAGGUGGAUCCCUAAGGAACGUCCCCGUGGGUGGUGGUUGCAGGAAGAACAGGAGAGGGAAGUCGUUAAGGAUUUCCACUUCUGAUGUUGCUCACUCUAGAAGCUUCGGUUAUAGGGGUGCUUUCUCUAAUAAAGGGGUUUCCUCUGUUGAGUGUUGUAGCUCUUCCAUGACAUCUGAUGGUUCACUUAUUGAUCUUGCACUUGUUUAUGCAAAUUUCUUGAAUCCUCAUCAGCCACCAAAUUCCCAGAGUACUACUGCUGCUACUACUACUGGUUUUGAAAUGCAAGAAUUGGGUACUAGUGAUUUUGAUCCAUCUCUUGAUUUUACUACCAUUCCAAACUCAAAUUUGGAAUCAACUAGCGUUCAACUACAUGAAGACAAUCACAACAGUCUAAAUCUUGCUGGGUGCCUCGCUACUAUCUCUGGUUCUUACAUGGAAGCUCCUUUGAAUGAUAAUGUUCAUCACUUGAUGUACUAUUGUGGGGUGAACUCACAGCACAUGCACCAAGCUGAUGAUAAUAAGGUUCAACAAUGCAUAAGUACUCAUCAUGAAUCAAUCCACUAUGGGUUGCCACCAUUGCCAGGAGAGGAGAUAGGCUCUCAUCCACAGAUAUUGUGUUCCAAUUCUCACUUGAUGAGUAAUGAUCAUACCCUGCAAGUGACCCAAGAGCCUGUUGUUGGACCUGAAACUCAAGAGUCUAAUCUAAUGUUCGGUAACUGGGAUCCCUUCGAUUUUUCUAUUGAUAAUACUGUAUCAAGUAAUCUAUACAUGUAAACCUGAACUUAAAAUAAUGUAUAUGCAAAUGGCAUGCACCUGCAAUUUGAUUUUC